UUGAUGAGUAAAGAGUCUCCAGUGUCUUUUGGAAAUGAUGCUUACAUUGACCUUGAACGUCAGCUGAAGAAAACUACAGAAGAAUUACAUGAAGCCCUAGCAACAAAAGAAGAAAUUGCCCAGAGAUGUCAUGAGUUAGAUAUGCAGGUUGCAGCACUUCAAGAGGAGAAGAGCAUUUUACUUGCUGAGAACCAGAUUCUGAUGGAACGUUUGAAUCAAUCUGAUUCUAUAGAAGAUCCCAACAGCCCUGCAGGUCGUAGGCACUUGCAGCUGCAGACCCAAUUAGAGCACCUCCAAGAGGAAACAUUCAGGUUAGAAGCUGCCAAAGAUGACUUUCGCAUACGUUGUGAAGAACUAGAAAAGGAAAUUGCAGAACUGAGACAACAGACUGAAGAGCUUAGUACAUUAGCAGAAGAGUCUCAGUCUUUGAAGGAUGAAAUAGAUGUACUCAGGCAUUCUUCUGAUAAAGUGGCUAAGUUAGAAAGCCAGGUAGAGUCAUACAAAAAGAAACUGGAAGACCUGGGUGAUUUGCGGCGGCAAGUGAAACUAUUAGAAGAGAAAAAUAUGGUGUACAUGCAAAACACUGUGAGCCUGGAGGAAGAACUUCGGAAAGCCAAUGCAGCACGUAGCCAGCUGGAGACAUACAAGAGACAGGCAGUGGAAUUACAAAACAGAUUAUCUGAAGAAUCCAAGAAAGCUGAUAAACUAGAUUAUGAAUGCAAACAGUUGAAAGAAAAAGUAGACAGCCUCCAAAAAGAAAAAGAUAGAUUAAGAGCAGAAAGAGAUUCCUUAAAAGAAACUAUUGAAGAGCUCCGAUGUGUACAAGCACAGGAGGGUCAACUCACCACUACAGCACUGAUGCCCCUGGGAAGCCAUGAACCUUCAGACAGUCUAGCAGUGGAAAUUGUUACUCCUGAAAUCAA